AUGGCCAAAUACGAAAUUGUUGGCGAAUUUCAAAAGAACGUUAAAAGGUUCGCAUUAAGGGGGCGUACAAUAGAAUUCAAAAUCAAAGACGUUCCACCCAAUGAAAACACAGUGUUGUGGAUCAAAACAGCCAUCAACCAAAUAAUCUCUUAUAUAUGCACUGACGUUUCUCCUUCUGAUAUGAUCGGGUUUAAUUUUUGUUCUAAAAAGUUUUCGCGAGGGGGAGGGUACUUACGAUUCCAGCCUGCCGAAUCGGUAUCUUUUGAAGAUAUUUGGGGAUUAAUUUCGAGCAUUUAUCAAUCUAAUUCAGCUGGUUUAAGUACGGAAACCUUCUGUUUGGAGGCUACAAUUAUCCGGGUGCCAUCCGGCAAAGGUAGGAUUAAGGCGGGUAACUACAACAAUUUUGAGGAAGAAUGUUCUGCUCGAAAGGGGAUUAUUUCCAUUAAAAAUACAGAUAACUUAUGUUUACCCAGAGCUCUUGUUGUUGCCAUAGCUAAAGUCACGGGCGAUUCUGGUUAUGAGAACAUAAGAAGAGAUAGAGGUCAUGUUCAGUUAAAUAAGGCGAAACAGUUGAUGCAGGAAGCUGAAGUAUACAUUGAGGCAAACGGUGGCGGAAUACCCGAACUGAACAAAUUCCAAUCUUAUUUUGGUAACAACUUUAAGAUUGUGGUAUAUAAUUUCGGUACUAAAGGGCGCGAAGUCAUAUUUGAAGGCAACUCAGACGCAAAGUUGACAAUCAAUCUAUUAUAUUUUGAAAAUCAUUACAAUGUUAUUACUUCACUAACGUCGGCUUUUGUGUGCCGAUAUUAUUGCGAACCUUGCCAUAUCCCCUAUAACAAUAAAGGGGGUCAUAUUUGUGCCAGUAUUUGCAUAUCUUGUAAACGGUCCCCCGCAUGUGAUCGAGAGCUGAUAAUUAAAUGCGCUGAUUGCCGUAGGAAUUUUGUCUCAAAUUUAUGUUUCAGUAACCAUAAACUUCACUCGGGAAAAGAAGAUAAAUCGGUUUGUGAAAAAUUUUUUAAAUGUCGUACGUGCUACAAAAUAGUUUUAGCCGGGCGAACUCACAGUUGUAAUACAAUUUAUUGCAAUAUAUGUCACCAAAACCGACCAAAUAAUCAUCUUUGUUAUAUGCCCUUGGAUUCCUCUUCACCAAAAUUAACAGAUUUCCUUUUUAUUUUUUACGAUUUAGAAUGCACGCAAAACAAAACUGUAUCUGAUGGAAAAUCUUUGCAUGAACCAAAUUUAUGUGUUUUCAAUCAGAGGUGCGAAGUAUGCAUCGAUUAUCCAAUCGAGAAAGUUGUUUGCAGAAAGUGUGGUGUACGUCAACAGGUAUUAAAUAUGAGCAGCAUAAUUGAGACGUUUUUUCAACAUAUUUUAGAGAUAAGAAAGAAGUUCAAACAUGUAAUAGUUUUGGCACACAAUGGACAGGCUUACGACCAUCAAUUUAUUUUGAAUUAUAUUUUAACCAAAACUCAGUUCAAACCAGAAUUAAUUAUGAGAGGUUCAAAAAUAAUUUCCCUGAGUAUCAAUAAUGUGAAACUGUUAGACUCUUUGAACUAUUUUCCCAUGUCCCUCGCCAAGUUACCAAAAGCGUUCGGUUUAACAGACGAUUUUCGAAAAGGAUUUUUUCCGCAUCACUUUAAUACACCCGAAAAUCAAAAUUAUGUAGGACCGUAUCCCGAUAUGAAGUAUUAUAAUCCAGAUGCUAUGAACACCGACGAAAGAGAUAAAUUUAUUAGUUGGUACACCGAAAAUAAAGACAACAUCUUUGAUAUGCAAAAGGAAAUUGUCUCUUAUUGCAUAUCCGAUGUAAAUAUAUUAACGCUCGCCUGCCUGAAAUUUCGAGAAUUAUUAAUUAAAUCCGGAAAUGUGUGUCCGUAUACAGAGGCAUGUACGAUUGCCAGCGCAUGUAAUAAACUGUUUCGUCGUAACUUUUUGAAAACAGACACGAUCGGUUUGAUUCCUAGACAGGGAUAUCGAUACCGCGAUAAUCAAUCAAAAGUAGCAAUUCACUGGUUAAUAUGGGAGGAAAAGGUGCGAGGAAUAGACAUCGUGCACGCUGCCAAACAGAAAGAAAUCGUCAUCGGUGGUUUGCCUGUUGAUGGGUAUUGUCCACAAACAAAUCAGGUAUUUGAAAUGAUGGGGUGCUUUUAUCAUGGGUGUGUAAAAUGUUUUAAAAAUGAUCGCGACAAACCUAUACACAGUAACUCGUACGAAACGAUGGAUUUAAGAUACGAAAAUACCUUGUCAAAAAUCAAUCACCUUAAUCAACUAGGUUACGAGGUAAUAGUAAAAUGGGAAUGUGAAUUUAAACAAGAUACAAACCCCAACAUAAAUAAGUAUGUGUCUGAACACCCAUUGGUACAUUUUGCUCCAUUAAACGCGCGAGACAGUUUUUACGGCGGUCGAACCGGUAACAUAAAGUCCUACUAUAAAGUAAAAGACGGAGAAAAGAUCAAUUACAUCGAUAUCUGUUCAUUGUCUUAG